UUGUGUGCCAACUGCCAAGAAAAACUCCAGAAGAAGAACGGAUUUCCGGCAAGCUUUUGUUUCAUCUGACUACAGAGUGCAGACGUACAAGCUAACGUUAGCGAUUUAAAGGAUUUUCAAAGCAAAAAGAAACCAUUCUAAGUUGGCGAACAAGACUACUUUCCUGACUGUUUCACAAGUAGAUUAUUACUCAUGGGAGGAAGUGAUGCUGGUAGCAGAACUAAGAGCAGACACAGAGAUGAGAGCAAAUCCAGAAGCUUGUCAUCAUCAAGUGCCAGGAGAUCCAGUCCAAGCCCUCAAAAGAGACAUGAACGCUCCUCUGACAGAAAAAAGAUGAAAAGGAGAAGUCCCUCCAGCUCUUCAUCAUCUUCCAGCUCCACUUCCCCAUCCAGAGAAAAAAAGAGCAAGAAAAAAAAGAAACGGAAAGAGGUUAAGAAACUGAAGCGUGAAAAGAAAAAGGAGAAAAAGGAAAAGAAGCGGCAAAAGAAGCUAGCAUUAAAAGCUGAAAGAGAAGCAGCUUCCGUAUCAAAUGCUGUUUCUGAUGAAACACCUCAAACAUACCUGAAGACCUGGCAGAUUGAAGAAGCUAAAGAACACGGCCCCGUCAUGACUGAUGAACAGAAGGCCAGUUUUUGCACCAAGAGACCAAUGACGAAGGAAGAAUAUGACACAACUCAAAGCAACAUCAUCAUAUUUAGCACAUUAAAUCCAAUUUUUACAAAUCCCGUUUCGAACCAGCUUGUAAGAGGUGACGGGGAAAUUUUAGAAGAAAUUGUCAGCAAGGAGCGGCACAAGGAAAUCAACAAGAAAGCCACUAAGGGAGAUGGUGAUGCCUUCCAGAACAGAUUGGGCAUCAAUAGGUAGCGAGGCUGAGGUGUCAAUUUUAAGACAAGUCCAUGCCAGUCCAAAACCUUCUCCUGCAUUUCUACAAGAAUUCAACCAUUUUCUUGCUUUCUUUUAUAUUCCUCCCCAUUGAAAAAAUGUCACAGAAAUGUGAUUCCAGAAUGACAUUUUGCCCUCAGAUAUUAAACAGGAACGAGUAAAUUCAAUACAUAAUCAUUGUCAAAGGUUACAGAGCUGAACAAUAUUUAGUUUUGGCAGAAAAUUCAUUGUUACAGUGCAAACAAAUGAGGCUAAUUAACCCCAUUCACUUCAACAAUGUUUACUAUUUGACUUUCUUCAAAGUCGAAGCAGGAAGAGUCUGUAUCUCGUUUAUCUGUUAAUGUAGAAAGACUUUCUUAAUGGCUAAUUUAUUUGUAAAGUCUGAUAGUAUUCAUUACCACUGAAGCUCAGCAUCUCUUAAAUAUCAACUGAUGGUAUUACAGAGGACUGCUGAAACAUCAAUAAAAUAUCUUUCUUAAACAUUA